AUCCAAUGGCUAAUCGCUGUCCAAUUUUGUCAAAUUGUCCACGCCGCCAACAUACUUUUUCUGAACACUUGGAAUUCGAAAAGUCAUGGGCUGUCGAUGAAGUUUCUCGCCGAGAGAUUGGCCGAGAAAGGAAAUGACGUCACAAUUUACUCGAUGACUGCGAAGCCUUUGGGAGUAAUGGUUCGUGGAGUGCACACUAUGGAAACCGUACUUCGACCCGACCAGCGAACAAAUGAGCCGGAUAGCGUAGCAGCGGUGUUCUGGUUUUUCGAAAUGUCGCCGGAGCUCUUUGAACAGCCACAUCAUGUCGGAUUUCAGUACUUGAAUUUCGCUCUUGAAGAUGAAGCCUUCCAAACUGUUAUGAACACUUCGUACGAUUUGGUGAUUGCGGACGAGUUGUUUGUGACAGCUCAGGGUGCGAUGGCGCUGAAGUUACGCGAAAAAUUCGGGACUAAAUUUGCUCUUAUGACCACCACGGAUUUUUCAAGCAUUUACGGCAUGUACAGAUCUAUUGGACGGAAUCCAGUAAUCAACCCUAGUUACUAUACGAAGAGCUACGAAGUACAAAACUAUGACAUACAUGACUUCUUCGGGCGUCUCAAAACUGUAUGGGACGCACUUACAGAACAGUACUACAUCAACUUGGCUGCCAACUUUUGGCUGAAAGAAGCAGGCAAACUGCUCAACCAUAGCUGCUCCUUCAAGGAAAUCUAUCAG